GGUGUCAGGUAUUAACUGUCAAUGUCAACUUUCAAUUUGUUUAUUAUCUUUUGAUGUGUUUGAGAUAUUUAAAAUUAUGUGAAAAAUAUUUUUAAAAAUGUCCCAAGAAACUCCCUCUUUAAGCCAAUACUUUGGUUCAAAUGAAAAUAUAGAAGACACAAUAGAUUUUUCACAACAACUCAAUGAAGCCGCGGGUCAAAUUAAUAAUUUAAAAAUAGAAGACAAUCUCUCUAUCAACAAAAGUGAACCAGAAGUGUGUAGAAUAUUUUCUGAUACUCCUCCCAUUCAAACAAAAUAUUCCACAGAAGCCUUUUUCGAUUUAAUUGGUAACAGUGUCCAAAAUUCAGGGACAAAAGAAAUCAUUUCAAAUUUAGGUUUGUCCUCAACAACCGAAGAAAGUUAUAGCAGCUCCAGAUUGAUUAUAGGUACUGAAGGAGAUAGACGAAAGGAUGCUUGGAUUCCUAGUGAAAAGACAAGACAAUGUUUAAUUGCUGCUGCUACUGCCACACCAGGUACUUAUUUUUCUCAGAGGGAAAUGCUCACAAUGCCUGGUGUUCUUCUUGAGGAAGAAUUGGGAGAUGCUGUUGGUGAAGCUGUUACAAUGUGCCUUGGAGAAGCAGAAGCAGCUCAAAGAAGAGUCUUAAAUGCUAGUGAUGUCACACAGGAUGAAAGGGGCCUAAGAGAAUUGGUACAAGCAGGUGCCUACAGAGCAGCUAUUAAUUUAACAGCGAGGCUUCUAACUAUAUAUGGCCAAGGCAGAGGAAGAGCUGGCCAUCCAAGUAAACAUUCUCCUCAUUCAUUGCAAUUAUGGUUCACCCGUAUUGCUCUUUUGGUCAAAACUAAGGCCUUUAAUGUUGCCAGUGCUGAAGCAGAACCUUUUGGACAUUUUGACAAACCAGAUAUGUAUUUUCAGUUUUAUCCUGAUAUGUAUGGAGGUCGACCAGGUUCCAUGGCGUCUUUUUCAUUUCGUUUACUAUUAGCUGAAUUACCGAUGCAUUGUAGUAAAGCUAAAGAAUCGAUAAUGAGGCUAUUUAAUAUCCUUGCAACUAUUCGUAAGAUUUUGGAAAAUCUGAAACGUGGUCAAUGCGAAGAUGGGAACCCUAUGGAACUUACCGAAAAUGACAGAAGCGAUUCGAUGCGGCUGUGGACGGGACGAGAAGUUAGAGUGAUACAUUCUAUAAUAAAUUGUGCUUUGGUAGUUAGGGACUAUGAACUGGCUAUGGACUUGUUAGGUCAACUUUGUGAGAGAGAUGGAGCUCCACGACAUGCUUUGUUGUCUGCGUUAGGCCGUCUACAUUUGCAGAUGGGAAAUAUAUCUGGAGCGGAAGUUUGUUUCAAAGAAGCUAGCGAAAUGAUAGACGGCCCCCCUGCUGUAAGAGAACUUGUCGAUAGAGGUCUUCUAUCUAUAGCCCAGAGUGCAUUCGAUGAAGCUUAUAUAUCUUUUCAACAAGCUAGUCAUUUGGAACCUUCUAAUGUCAUGAUUCUGAAUAAUAUGGGAGUAUGCCUUUUGUACGGCGGUCAUUUAAAAGAAGCCAUACAAGUAUUGGAGUCAGCUAUUGCCGCAAAUCCUGUACACGCCUUGAAUGAAUCGUUGCUUUUAAAUCUAUGUACUUUGUACGAUAUGGAAUCGUCGAAAGGACGUAUGAAAAAAUUCGCGUUAUUGAGACAAAUUUCCAGGUACCAAGCAGACGCACCGACUAUGAUUUUGGAAAAAUUAUAUGGCUGAUCGGAAUCUAUAUUUUGGUGUUUUCUGUAAUGAUUCGUCGACAAACGCCCAAUGAUAUUAAAGUGCACUUUAUUUUAAUAUGAGUGAAAUCACAUAAAAAAAAUAGGUAUUAUUGGUAAGAUACUAGUCAUAAAUACAUACAGUGUGUGUCCAGUUAAGUUCGCAGCAUAUUGGAACUUUUUUAUUAUUAACUUUAUGAAAAAAAAUGCAAAUUUUUACAAUAGUUUACGAGAUAUGUCAAAUAAUAUGAAUGUAUUUUUAUUUUUGAAAAACCUCGUAUACUAUUGUAAAAAUUUGAUUUAUGAUGGUUACAUUUUAGGUUUCGGACUAUGCAGAACUUUUUAUGAAGAAUAACUUUUAUUCGUAAAGUUAAUAAUAAAAAAGAUUUCCAUAUGUUGCGAACUUAAAUGGACAAUACUGUAUAUUAUGUAUAUUUUUUAAUAAACAAAUAAUUUUUGGUAAUACCAGAAUUAUUUACUUAUAAACGAAUUUUGCAUAGUUAUUAUACGUAUAAUAUUGUGAAAAUAUAGUUAAGGACAAAAUUGUUUUACACAUUGUGGAAAUAUUCACAAAUAAUGAUUACAACUUUCAUUUA